UACAAGCAGCCAGAGGGUCAUGGUCACUUGAAAGAGCCCUGAAACCCAUCCUCACUCCUUGGGAUGGUGGAGGGCAUGGAGUGCCUGUCCCAUCUAUUGCACAGGCAGGCGGGGCUCCUGUCUGCAGUCGGCCAUGGAACGGUGGUGGCAGCUCCUGUUAGGGCUGUGGACAGUCACGCCGCCCACCUGGGCUGGGGACGAGCUGCUCAAUGUCUGCAUGAACACCAAACACCACAAGCAAGAGCCUGGCCCAGAAGACAAGCUCUACGAGGAGUGCCUCCCCUGGCAAGACAACGCCUGCUGCACGGCAGGCACCAGCUGGGAAGCCCACCUAGACGUGUCCCUGCUCUACAACUUUAGCUUGCUCCACUGUGGGGUGAUGAUGCCAGGCUGCGAGAAGCACUUCCUCCAGGCCGUCUGCUUCUACGAGUGCUCCCCGAACCUGGGGCCUUGGAUCCGGAAGGUCAGAAGGCUGGGCUGGGGAGGCGGGAGGCAUAUGGCCUCGGGCGGGCCAGGAGAGCGAAUUCUGGAUGCGCCCCUGUGCCAGGAGGACUGUGAGCAGUGGUGGGAAGACUGCCGUACGUCUUACACUUGCAAGUCCAACUGGCAUGGCAGCUGGGACCACAGUGGGGGGAAGAACCGCUGCCCUGCAAGGGCUGCCUGCCGCCCUUUCCCCCAUUACUUUCCGACCCCAGCUGACCUGUGUGAGAAGAUCUGGAGCCGCUCCUUCAAGGCGAGCCCCGAGCACCGGGGCAGCGGACAGUGCCUGCAGAAGUGGUUUGAGCCUGCUCAGUGCAACCCCAAUGUGGCUGUGGCCCGCCUCUUUGCCAGCACGGCCCUGUCCUGGGAAGCCUCCUACACGCUCAUGGCCUUCUCCCUGCUCCUGUCGUUCCUAUCCCAAAGCCCCUUCUCCUCCCACCCACAGUCCUGGGCUCCCCCAGCUGUGGGUCAGGCUGGGCCACAGCAGCCCCCUUUCUUGGGUCCUUCAAAUGGAGCAGCACGGGCUGGGGGGUAGGGGAGACACUGAGGCUGCAGAUGCUGGUACCCGAGCCGUGAACAUUCAGUUCAAGGCCUCCACCCCACCCCCCUCUGCUCUGUUCUGCCUUCCUCUGCCUGGAAGGCGGCCAGGGGCUGGGAGCGCCAACGUGACCUGCCCCCUUCCGCCUUUAUGGCCGGUGGGACUCCG